UCACAUUGAUCGGCGGCUACUGCCAUCUACUGACAUCAGUUAGUAUUGAAAUACAAGUACAAUUAUUGAUGUUCCAUUGUUUUGGAGAGGUUAGGUGCACUUGCUUUAAAGUUUUGUUAAUUGAAUCUCUUAGCAGUCAUGUUGCGAACAAAUCUGUGUUUUAAAGGAUUUCUGAGCAGUGUGUUUGUGUGUGCGUGCGUGAAUUUGUGUGUGUGUGUGCAUGUGUGUGUGUGUGUGCAUUUGCAUAUGUGUGCGCAUGUGUGUGGGUAUGUAUGUGUAUGUAUACAUGUGUUCGUGUGUAUGUGUGCGCGUGUGUGUGUGUGUGUGUGUGUGUGUGUGUGUGUAUGUGCAUGUAUAUGUGUCUGCAUGUGUGUGUGUGUGUGUGUGUGUGUGUGUGUGUGUGUGCGGGUGUGUUUGUAUUUUUCAGGUGUUCUGAGCCGGACGGGAUGGGGAGUGACUUACACCCCUGAGGGAAUCUGUGCCUUAAAGGGGUCUUCAGUAGACAUGAGCUGCACUUACUCAUAUCCCACAUCUCACACAGUGCAGAAAACAUUCUGGGUUAGUCCCCAGAACAGUCUACAGGACCUGUCCCAGGCCCCAGAGUACUCUCAGCGUGUGGAGUACCUGGGGAAACAGAACAGUGACUGCGCUUUCAGAAUAAACCAACUGAGAAUAACUGAUUCAGGAACAUACGGAUUCAGGUUCCUGACCGCCAGUAAUAAUUUUACUGGAAAACCUGGUGUCACAUUGGAAGUCACUGAUCUACAGGUGAUGGUGAAUCCUGACACAGUGACAGAGGGACAGAUUGUGACACUGACCUGUAGCACCACCUGCACUCUGACUGGCAGCCCAGCCUUCAUCUGGUACAGGGACGGAUCUCCUCUGCCCUUCACUAAUCAGAGUCACCAGUUCACAGCCAGCAGUGAAGACCGAGGCAACUACACCUGUGCUGUGAAAGGCUAUGAGCUUCAGUUCCCUGCAGUGGCUCUUAUUGUGAGAUAUCCUCCUAAGAGCACCUCAGUAUCAGUGAGCCCCACUGGUGAAAUAGUGGAGGGCAGUUCAGUGACUCUGACCUGCAGCAGUGAUGCCAACCCACCAGUGCAGAAAUACACCUGGUAUAAGAAUAAUAUAGCUGUAUCCUCAUUGAGAGCAUCAGAACGGAGAUACACCAUUAAUAAAAUCAACUCCUGGGAUGAAUACUAUUUGUGA